AUGAGAAUCGGAUACUUUUCAAAGGUGGGGGCGGCUGUAACGGCCUUCUUCACCCCUUCCACCUUCCAACUUUCUGGUGGACCAGACACAGCAAAGGAACUCGUCCUCACAAAGUCUGUCGCCAUCAUCGGCGCGGGAGCAGGAGGAUCCUCAACAGCAUUCUACCUCCAAAAGCUCCUCCAACCCCCAGGAGAACCCCUGCACAAACACCAACUCCUCCACCCAACCACCAUCACCAUCUUUGACCAAUCCGAUAAAAUCGGUGGUCGUUGUCAAGUCUUUUUCACCACCAACCCUGCCGACCCCGAAAACAGCAAACCAGAACAGGAAUUGGCGAUCGAGGUUGGGGCGAGUAUCUUCGUGAAGGUUAACCAUCACUUGGCGGAUUCCACGAAGGAGUUUGGGUUGAAGGUGAAGAAGUUGGAUGAUGAGUUGUUGGCGAUUUGGGAUGGGGAUAAGUUUUUGUUUACGGAGAGUUCUUGGAAGUUUUGGUCGAUUCUGAAAGGACUUGCUCGUUGGGGUCUAACACCCAUCAAGUUGAACCGCCUGUUGAAGACGACACUGGAUAACCUCCUCAGCUUCUACACCUCCCCAGAAUCUUACACCUCCAUCCACGAAUUCUCAACUGCCCACAAUAUCCAUACCGAAGCCAGCAUGCUCACCAACGAAUACCUCGAAUCCCACGGAAUCAGCAAACAAUACGCCCAAGAGGUCGUCGAAGUCGCCACACGCGUCAAUUACGGAUCCAACCUCGAUGAUAUACAUGCCUUGGGAGCACUGGUCACCAUGGCGGCGAAUGAUGCUCAGCAAAUUGAAGGAGGCAACUUCCAGAUCUUUGAAGGGAUGGUUGCCAAGUCUGGGGCUGAGGUGAGGUUGGGGACCAAGAUUGCGAGGGUUAGAAGGUUAGAGCCCCGAUAUGAGGGUGAGGAGCCGCAGUUUGAGGUUACGACGUCUACAGGACAGAAGCAGAUCUUUGACUACAUCGUCCUUGCCGCUCCCAUUGAAUCGACAAACAUCCACUUUGACAUCUCACUCCCCCCACAACCAAAAGUCGACUACCGUACCAUCCACGCAACAUUUGUCCGUGGCCACGUCAAUCCCUCAUACUUCUAUACCUCAACCUCCCCUGCCCGAUCUUCAACCCCCUCCACAAAGGACUUCCCGACCCAUAUCCUCUCCACCAACUCGCGCGCGGAGUUUACCUCUCUCAGUAUCCAAGCCCGACUUUCGAAUGGGGAGACGAUUACAAAGAUCUUUUCGCCAGAGGUGUUGUCGAAGGAUUUGUUGGAUCGAUUGUAUUCGAACAGGACGUGGGUUAAGCAUAAGGAAUGGAAGGCGUAUCCUAAGCUGAGGCCUAUUUCUCUGGUGGAGGAGGAGGAUAGUGCAGAGCCCGAGGUUGUUGUUGGUGAGGGAGAGAGUGCGUCGUCGGAACAGAAACAAGCAGUGUUUGAGAAGCAUGCGCGAAAGCAGCACGAACAGGAUGCACAAAAGAAGGCGGUUGAGGCUUGGGGACAGGUGGAGGUUGUUCCGGGUGUGUUUUAUGUCAAUUCCUUUGAGCCCCUCAUCUCCACGAUGGAGACGGAAACGAUUUCAGGAAAGAACAUUGCCAGGCUGUUGCGCGACCGGAUCGUAGGACAAUGCCCAGUGGAAAAGAUAGUCAAGCGAUAA